CAUCGCGAGACCUGAGCUGCUGGAAGGGAGGAGAAGGAAAAGCGCAGGGUUGGCGAUGGGCUCCGGGCUGCGGGUCUGAACGGAGUUGGGCGGCUGCUGCGGGCUUCCUCUUUUCUUUCCCCCUCGACAUGAACUCGCUGGAGCAGGCGGAAGACCUCAAGGCUUUUGAAAGGAGGCUCACGGAAUACAUAGCUUGUUUGCAACCGGCCACAGGGCGCUGGAGAAUUAUUCUUAUAGUGGUAUCUGUAUGCACAGCAACUGGUGCUUGGAACUGGCUGAUAGAUCCAGAAACACAGAAGGUAUCAUUUUUCACAUCGCUGUGGAAUCACCCGUUCUUCACAAUUAGCUGUAUUACCCUUAUAGGGUUAUUUUUUGCUGGAAUACAUAAAAGAGUGGUGGCGCCCUCAAUAAUUGCUGCUCGAUGUCGGACGGUCCUGGCAGAGUACAACAUGUCUUGUGAUGAUACUGGAAAGCUAAUACUGAAACCCCGCCUUCAUGUCCAGUAGCCUCCCGUCUUCCUUUGAGUCUGUCAUCAAAGGAAAAAAAGAAAGCAAGAGACUUUUUCAUCACUGCCAUGAAGCCAAACGGGGCUGCGUGGCACUCGGUUGCAUCUGAACUGUUGACUGCAGAAGCGCACAGCAGUUGGUAUAUUUAUUCACAGUCUCUGUCUUUUCUUGCGUCGCCUGUGCUUUCAAUAAUCCUCACCCCACGCCCCUUGCAGUAUUAAUAUUCCUGUUUGGAGGGUUUCAUCUUCAGCGAUGCUGCUGGCAAAGCAGUUCCCCCGUGCGGGAAAAUGGAAUUCACUUGUUUUUAUAGAUGUGCAAAGCGCUGUAAACGGAACAUGAAUGCCAACGUUAAGGGUGGCAGCAAAAGGAAUUAGCGCGAUGCGGAUUUGUUCUCAAGACCCAGUAUUUAAAGAAAAUGCUGCACUUGCCAGCAUUCAUGACAGCUGCCUUUUGCACACAUUGCUCCCCCGUCAAAGAAUUCAUCUCUUCUCUCAGUGGUAAAUUGCUCUUAUUUUUACACCUACCUUGGUUAACUUUGGUCACAGAAGAUACAGCACUUCAGUUUACCUGCACUGGUAUUUUCAGCAAAUUCAAUAUGUCUUUUUUAAAAAAUUAGUUUUGUUUUUAAAAACCUCUGUAGUUGUGCUGCUUUGUGCGGUGUGUGAGAGCGAUGUGUUGUAUGUAAAAUUUGUACUGUGACAGCUUUGGUCAUGGCACUGGUAUUGCUUAACUUCAGAUUUCAACUACUUGAUAAAAAGUGCCACAGAUGUUUGAAGACAGAGCUGUUCAGGUAAUCCUUUGGCCUCAGAACAGUCCGUUUACCUGUGACUAGCUGAUCCAGAAGACCCAGUGGGUCUUCUUGCCAGCUGCUGAUCUUGCAUUGUUUUUCCUUUUCCUCUCAGUUUCGGAGCUAGUUGUAACUACCUUCACAUCCAUGCUGCGUUCUUAUCAAAACUCAGCAUCAAACCGUGCUUUUGCAAACAGAAGGGAUGGAAUUCUAGCAGGAGCUCCUUUGCAUAUUAGGCCACACACCCUGAUGUACCCAAUCUCCAAGAGUUUACAAGACUCUUUUUUGUAAGCUCUUGGAGGAUUGGCUACAUCAGGGGGGGUAUGGUCUAAAAUGCAAAGGAGCUUCUGCUAGAAUUCCACCCCUGCUUCUAAGCUCUGGUUUGGCACUAACUGCAUUCAGUGAAGGUAUGGGUGGUGAUGCUAACCAUGGUUGGCUCUGAAAACUGAAAAAAGGGGCAGGGGGAGCAAAUACCCAGAUGAACCAUAGAGAACUCAUUGUGUUUGCAGCCGAGCCUAUGACAUGGUUUCCUCGUGGGCCUCUCCUUUUCUACCUCGGCACGGAACUUGGUCAUUUGAAUGUUCCGUGGUUGCUUUUUCGGCAAGCUUUGAAAGUCAAGCUUGCCGAAGAGUUGGCAGCACAAUCCUUCCAUCAGUGACUUCCAACUAGGGCUUUUUUUUUGUAGCAGGAACUCCUUUGCAUAUUAGGCCACACAUCCCUGAUGUAGCCAAUCCUCCCAAGAGCUUGCAGGGCUCUUAGCACAGGGCCUACUGUGAGUUCCAGGAGGAUUGGCUACAACAGGGGUGUGUGGCCUAAUAUGCAAAGGAGUUCCUGCUACAAAAAAAAAGCCCUGCUUCAGAUGUUAAGAUCACUAGGAUGCGGAUAAAAGAAAUCACUUUGUCUGGCCACCUCAGCAAUCUGAACCAGUCUUAUUAAAAAAAGUGUUAAGAGACGUGGCUUGUUACAAGCAGUAUAUUUUGAAACCAGAUGUGAUGUAAUUAUGAACCCCUCCCUAUGCUUUUUCGAUCUUCCCCUCAUUUCAAGCUAAUUUUUAUAGAGCAUAAAAUUUUAAGAGCACAUAGCAGCCUGCAUAGGAACGUUGUACUGCAAGGAAGACUUCACGGCGGCGAACAUGAAACCGAAAAUGAUGCUGGUGUCAACGCUACGUCACUGCAGCAAUAAGACGGUGCUCUCAAAGUCUCCUACAUGCGCUCUUAUAGUUUUUUGUUUUGCUUUUAAAUAGAUGGAAUUUUUUUUGUAGGGAAUGUGUAUAAAAAAAUAAAUAACUUUAUUUAUAACGAUA